AUGAGGCAAUUUAAGGAGGCUAACGCGCCACAUGUUUUAGCUGGCUCAUCCUGUGUUCCACCCGAGUCAUCCAACACGGAAGACUUUAGCUCACCACCAGUGGACACAUUACAUGGGGAGGAAUUAAGCAGCAUUAGGACGACUCUAAAUUGUAGCCAUGACGAUGCAAAAGUAGAAGCGACUCCUCAGAACGCGAAACCAAGUAAGGGUUGUCAUAACAGCGCAACUGCUGGACCGAGGCAGACCUUUUCAUCGAAGGUUACUCAUGAUAGUAUUACACCCGCCGAGCGCCGGGAGAGAGAAGCUAAGGCUAGUCGUCACGUCGCCUUUAACUCGACAAUUCUCUGCCCGCUAAGCAACCUUGGCAAUACGUGCUACUUCAACGCAGGCAUCCAAAUACUGUCUAAUUGUCCAGCCUUUGUCUUCGGACUCCGCGACGCGCCACACUGCUACGCGGCGUGCCAAAAAUGCGUAUGCUUCUUUAACCGAUCCAGUAAUAAUUCCAAGCAUACAUUGUUUCGACUGUUGGCGAAUCUCCUGUACAAUAUGGAGUAUGCAACUCUUGAAAACGGUAAGGCAAUCACGCCUUUUCGUGCGGUAGACCAGCUGGCUGAAGUGUUUCCUGGUUUCGAGGGCAGAAGGCAGCAGGACUGCCCGGAGAUGAUUAACGCUGUGUUGGUAACCAUCGAGGAUGAGCAUAGACUGGAGCACGAAGUAAGUGAUCUUUUGAUGUCUUUUGACGCUUCAGCGCAAGCAUAUGAGGCAGAAACAUGUAUGUCUAUCGAUAAAGGUACCCAUAUUGUGGGCAACCAGUCAAUUGACUUGUCUGAACCUUUUCCUAGUUCAGGUUGCAUUGAAUCUUGUCGGCGCCACGCUUUAAAGGAUCAAACAGGAUCGUCAUCUACUUGUUCUCGCGAUGCUUUACCAGGACCUCGCAGCGCCCAUUUCAUCGCUAUGCUCCGUCUUAUGCAGAGAGUCAAUGAGGAAAAUCGUGAAUUGGAAAUGAAAGCAGCAAAACGCAAAGGUAAGGCCUACGACCCACAGAACAGUUUUAUUCCGCCGCGCCUUGUCUUCAAUCCUACAACGGGAGGCUUCAAGGGCUACAUGGUGUCCGAGAUUCGUUGUCACAACUGUUUCAGUGUCUCCAGGGUGGUAGAUAGCUUUAGUUCGCUUAUUUUAGAAAUCCCGUCGGAAAGACAACGGUACGAAUUCGCUAAACGCAAUCCAAACAUUAAACGUCUUGAUGUAAAUGGGAAGCCAUUUCCAAACAGAAAGUCCCCUGAUGCUGCAUGGUGGAACCCUCUGUCUCAUCUUUACCACUUCUAUAGACGCUUCUACAACUACGUCUUUGGCUGUUUUAGCACUGUAAACUAUGCACUAACGCUGGAGGAAUGCUUAGAUAUUCAUUUUGAGUCUGUGGAGUUGAACGGAGGGAAUAGGUACCAAUGUGAAUCAUGUGGGGGAUUGCAUGAGGCAACCAAGUCCGAGUUUUUGUUAUCCUUACCUGAGUACUUAUUUAUUCAAAUGAAGCGGUUCAAGAUGAAUACCUUUUCGAAGGUCAAAAAGUCAGACCCUGUGAUUUUUCCUGUAUCGUGGACCCCAUUAAAAGAGGGAACCAAAUGGGAAGAGAUACAGAAGUCGCGCACAGAAAUACUUGACCUUCGACCCUACAUGCAUCCGACGGUGAGUGCAAAUUUUCAAACAAUUCAGCCGUGUCUGCAGAGCAAUAGUAUAAAUCAGGAUAGAGAUGCGAAAGCUUUAGGUCUUUCAGAAAAUCAACAAGUUCCCUCGACUUACUCCUUAGAUGGAAUUGUCAACCACCACGGCUCCCUCUCCAGUGGACACUACACCGUUUUUACACAUAAAGUACUCAAUGAUAAGAAUUUGUGGCUUCACAUAAACGAUGAAGAAAUAGAGGCGGUGAGUUUAGAAAGUGUGGCUGACUCUGAGGAGUAUCUGUUGCUGUACCGAUGCCAGCCUAUAGUGGAGCCGACAGAGGAGUUUGUGCGACUGCGGGACAAGGCGCGCUACUACUUGUUGGAGUCCCGAAGGGCCCUGCAGGACCAUGAUAACGAGGCUCAAGAGACCACAAAGAGUUGUAUCCAGACGCGCCACGGCCACCACCACAGCACUGAAGUGAGGAGUGAGACAAGGAAAGACGGCAUUGUGUACAUAUCUUGCGCAUGGCUGCAGCGUAUGGCUUUUUUUCAUGAUCCAGGCCCUAUUAUUAACAAGUUGUGUUAUCGUUCUAAUAAGCAUCACAAAGGAAUGACAAACCAGAUAGGUGUUUCUACUGCCGGUUCACGGAUACCCGAAACGUUGUUCCAUGUGUAUGGACCACCGGUGUGGUGGUUCUAUGUCGAAAUUGAUGAAAUUGAUUACCGAGCGUUUUAUGAGGCCUAUGGGGGUGACGCUGCUGUAACAAGGGCUGAGUAUGAGGCAUUGGAAAGAGAUCAAAAUGUUCUUAUAGAGCUACUUCAAAACAAAUCAGACUGA